AUGAACGGAACACUCAACUCUUUUCCCCUUUCUGAUGAUGCUAGUAGCGUUGAAACCCCUAACGGCUCUCGCGACAUGAUGAGCAUUAGGAAUAUUGUGGACAGCAGCUACACAAACAGUGACCAUGAAGAAGAAUUGGAUUCUGGAGUCAAUUUGGGCAAUCAAAUAUCCAAUUUGGAGAAUCAACUGUCUUAUGGUUCCAAUUUGGGCCAUCAUUUACCUAAUGGCAUUUUUGAUGAAAGUAGUUCCAAUGAUGCCGAUGACAGUAGCAGCAACAACACUACAGAAGCCAAUCAACAAGGAAGCUUGGAUAGCAUCAGAGUGAACAGUCAAGAAACAGAGCUAUUGCAAUCUCAAGAGCAACAGCAGCAAGAAAUUGAGUGUGAGCUUGAGCAGCAGCGACCAGCGGAACAACACGAAGAACAAGAAGAAAGCAGCGAGGACACAGAGCCAGAGCAACAACCAGUGUCAGCUCCAGCUCCAGCUGAAGAGGGUCUUUCCAUCUGGUCUCGCCAUUUGCCUGAUGCUAUUCGUUUGGAUCAGACACCUUUUGCACACAAGAUUGAUUUGGUUGCUGAUUACCAGGAUUCCGUAGUUAUCAUGUCAUCUGAUGAAACUUAUGGCGCUGCUUCCAAUUUGAUCAAGACAGUAGCUAUUCCAUCUCAUACAACUAGGCAGCCUAAUGAAGAAGAUGAAUUUAGAGAUGGUUGGCUUGUCAAGCGUCAUGAAGAGUCAGGAUAUGCCACUAUUAGACUGGGUGUCCCUGGAACCAUCACAGGUAUCGACAUUGACUGUACUGGAUAUACUCAAUGUGCUCCUCUUCAUGCCAGUGUUCAUGGUAAUUCGAGAAGACGAACUACAGAUUGGACAGUUUUGGUUGAUCAUGUACCCCUGGUGCCGAAUGCUCAUAAUUUCUUUCAAGUGAUGAACAACACGGAAAGGCACACUCAUGUUCAUUUCACUGUUACUCCUGGAGGUGGUGUUGCACGACUUCGUUGUUAUGGCGAUAUUCCCAGACCUACCAAUGUGGGCAACAUGGAGGUCAACAUGGCGUCCAGUAAAAUGGGUGCUGAAAUUGUCCAGAAGCCAGACAGCAUUGUUAGAGGAGAAUUCCCCAAUCUCAUCAUCAAUCGCAAAGUUUCAAGCCAAGACGGCUGGAUCAGCCCUCGUGUUCGAGGUGGACAAGAUGAGGAACGUGAAUUUACCGUCAUCAAGCUGGCUGGAGAAGCUGAAAUCGAUAGAAUUGCUGUUGACACUGUACAUUUCAUUGGCAAUGCCCCAGAAAAGGUGAUUCUUGAAGGCUGCUGUAUUACUGCUCCCCAAGAUAGAGACAAUGUAGACUCAAAUCCACUAGUCAAUGCCGAGUGGAAAAACUUGGUUACUGAAAGUAAUGUAUUACCCAAUAGCUACAACUGCUUGCCUUGUAUCUACAAUGGCCCCAUCACACACGUCAGAUAUCGACCUGUUCCAAAUGGUGGUGUAAAUCAGAUCUUGGUCAAAGGAAGCUUCUUUGAAACCAGAGCAGCGCUACCACAACCAAAGUACAAGCAUGAUCUUGGUCCUCACAAGAAGAGAAAGAGACACGAUGAAAAUGAGCCUGUGAAUGAUGAAAACUACAAUCGAAGAAAAUCAAGUAGAAUCAGAAGACCCGUGUCAAGAUAUCAAUAG